CACAAGCUGUUGUGUCUCGACAAUGCACGAAUGGGAGUUGCCGGAUUACGAGCCCUCGCUUCCAGUGUCGGAGAAGUCAAACCCUCUGACAUGUGACAUUGACCGAGCUCCAGCCAGUCGCAUCGUGAGGAUGUUGCAGAGCUGCGACGAGGAGAUGUUUCACAAAGAGACAGGAAGCACGUACCAGAGGCUUUUGGGUGACAAAAUGGUGAAAAACAUAAUGGAGUUAUCUGAGAAAGUGGAACUCAUCCUCAAGGAACCACAGGACAGCCUUAUUGUUCUGAGUGGCUGUGGGACUUCAGGUCGACUGGCUUUCCUUGUAGCGUCAAGCUUCAACAGUGCACUUAGACAGAUGCACCACGCUGAGCUCUACUCAUACAUCAUUGCAGGUGGAGACAGGGCUCUAUUUUCCUCCCAAGAGGCUCCAGAAGAUGACCCCCAACUGGGUGUGCUCAGUCUGAAAAAGGUGUGUGAUGGGAAGAAGAGAGUCUUGUUCAUUGGUAUCUCCUGUGGGUUGUCGGCUCCAUUUGUGGCAGGUCAGUUGGACUUCUGCUUGCAGCACCCAGAUGUCUACACGCCUGUUGUGCUUGGUUUUAACCCCACACGUCAGGCACGGAGCGAAUCCAUACCAGGCUGCACAUUCACAUUCCUCAGUGUGCUCCAAAGAAUGCAGGCACUUGCCAAAAGUCGGAAAGCCUUCCUCAUCAACCCGUCAGUCGGGCCGGAGGCCAUCAGUGGCUCUUCCAGGAUGAAAGCAGGAAGUGCAACUAAGAUGCUCCUGGAGGUCAUCUUCUGUGCUGCUCAUGCUGCUGCUUUCUCACGUGCAUCCAUCACACACCAGAGCAUCCUGCAGCACCUGAGAGCCUAUGAGAAAACAGUGGAGAUGACAUAUUCUCACAGUGAGGCUAUAGCUGGUUUGGUGGCAGCAGCUGGGAAGAGUUUGCUCUGUGGGAAGCGUGUCUGCUACCUGGGCUGGGGAAGCCUGGCCAUGCUGGCCCUUAUUGAUGCCAGUGAGUGUGAGCCUACGUUUGGUGCAGCCUAUGAGGAUAUUCAAGCUUUCAGAAGCGGAGGAUAUCGAGGGCUCAACAACAAUGAAGGCUCCUUGGCUUUUCUGGGUGCCCGGUUUUGUAUUGCUCAUGAAGAUUUUUUGCUUCAUGUCCUGCCAAGUCUCGAUGACCAAGACACCGUCAUCCUCAUCUACGCACAGUCUGAUGACGUCAGUGAAGUGGUGAAUAUGGCUGGUAGAGUGAGGGAGAAGAUGUCUAACCUCCAUGCUGUUUAUCACCAGGCUAAUGGAGACGCUGACACUUCACAAGAUGAAAUAAUUAAAUUGUGUGCAUCCGCAUUAACUAUUUCUUGGCCAUCACCUGUUUCAGGAAGUCUCCCGCAUAUGUGGGAGCUGUCCACUAAGUUGGUGCUGAACGCUGUGAGCACGGGGGCACAUGUCUUAAAAGGGAAGAUCUACCAGAACCACAUGAUCGACGUGCAGGUCACCAACAGCAAGCUUUACCGCAGAGCUACACGUUUGAUCCAGAAACUGUCUGGUCAUUCUGAGUCCCGGUGCGAGGAUGCUCUCCUGAUGUCCAUCUACCAGGUGGAAAACCUAACAGAGGACAUCAGAUCACGUGACAUGACCACACACACAGCCACCGGCAAGGAAAGGACAAAGGUGGUGCCUCUGGCUUUGGUCUCUUUGCUGACUGGUCUGUCUCUCAAGGAGGCGGGGUCUUGUCUGGAGCUGCAGCCAAUCCUACGAGAGGCUGUGGGGUCGUGUCAUAAAUGUGAGCCCACUACUCACAUUUCAGCAAACAAUUUUUAA